UAUAUAUAUACAUCGAAUCUGACAUUCAACAAGAGAAUCGUGAUUUUAAGACCACCAACAAUCAUUAUUAUUUAUAAUUAGUCAACAACAUACUUGGCGAAAGGUAGAAGUGUAGUAUUGCUUCAGAUGACAAGUGAUGUAGAAAAUAGGUGUGAUUAAAAAAAGGAACUCUAUAUAAUUAUUAAACUUCUAAAAAAUUUUGCAAACAUAAUGGCUACGAAGGAGGUUACAAUGGAAGAAGAGGUUACAGACAUAAUUUGGGAAGAGAUGAAGACUCUUGCUGUGGAACAGCAACAAUGUUUGUAUGAACUUCUUUCUGACUGCACAGAAUAUAAAAGUGACGAACGUAAAUAUCUAAGACAGAAUAUUGGCUAUGCAAUUUAUGGGCCACCAAAGAGCACAAAGGAUGCAAGUGAAACAGAAAACAGUAUUUGUUUUUGCACUACAGAGAAUCUGGACAAUACAGAUGCAACUGAUACAGUUGGUUAUGAAGAUAAAGCUGAAAAAGUGAUAGAUAAGAUAUAUAAUAAGAUAUGUGCAUGUACUGUAGGAACUGAUGAUUCUCAACCAAUUUACAGUGGUGUAAUUUAUAAUGUGAUAUUCCGUCCUAAAACAAAUGUGAAGCCUAAGAAAGAAGAAGUAAAGAAGGAAACCAAGAAGGAAGCAAAGACAGAAGAAGUAAAGAAGGAAACCAAGAAGGAAGCAAAGACAGAACCAAGUACAGAAGGGACAAAAAAAGAAGAAGCAAAGGAAGAUGAAAAAAGACUGCUCGUCAUAUCGCCCGUUCCCAUUUUUACAAUCAGAAAAAAUGUUCAGGAAAAAUCCGAAACUAAAAAGAGCGUAAAACAAGAGAAUACAUCAGAUGCUGUUACUGCUGAACAGUACGAAACAUGGUACAUUGAUGUCUCUAGCAGAGUAUAUAAAGAUUGGACAGACUACAAGAAAAAUAAUACUUUACCAAAGUGCACUAUGGUUCUUCCGCAAGAUGGUUCUUAUCAACCAAAUCCAGCCUAUCCAAUUACAGAGGAUUAUUCGACAGUUUGGCUGGAAAUUAUGAAUUCUCCUGCAUGCUCAUGGAAAUCAGUACUCUGUACUACAAUGGACAUCGCUUCCGGUAUCGUUGGAGUUGGCGCCGCUGGCUUGUCUAUCGCGUCAUUGUUUACUCCUCUUGCACCAGUUGCUAUCGUGUCAGGUCUUGCUGCUACUGGUAUGUCUGGCCUUUGGUCGUUUGGCCGAAAUUCCCAACAAUUAGCAGACCGCAAUAGUCAUGAGGAAUCUAUUCAUAUUUUGGACAAAGAGGCAUUAGCACAUUACCUCGCCAUAUUCGGUACAGCAGUUGGUUUUGGAGUAAUUGGAGGAUCGGCGAUUAUUUCCAAUGUCGCUGCACGUGGUAUGACAGUAAAUGCCGUUGCAAGAAUAGCAUUCAAUACUAUACAAGGUGGCAACCUGGUCCUGAACGGUGUUGGCAUUAUAUAUCAGGGUUACUGUAUGUAUGACAAAUAUGUAACGGAGAAGACCGUCAGUAUCGUAGACGCGUUAAAUUUAGCGACGCACAUCAUGUUUUUCUGCGGCUCCGUGGUAAAGGUUCAAUUCGCCAGCGACAUCAUCGAGAGUACCCAGGGUAGAGUUAUGAGUGAUUACAAGGAGACUUUGACCAACAAACGUCUCCGUAAAAAGUACAAUCGCAUUGUGAGGAAAGCUGAGGCAAAUAAUGUAUCUAAAAUAUCCGAGAAUGCGGAGGUGAUACGCUAUAUAGAACAUCGUCGACAACUGUUGCCUAACCAAUCUGCAACUAACAGUGGUAGCCGGAUAUUAGACAAUACUGUAAAAAAUACUAAGGAUAGUAUUGUAUGGUCGUUCGAAUGUGGUAGAUUAAAAGUCAAUGGUAUCACAUUGUUAGAUCCUGUCGAAUAUGUUACUAAAUUGAUACGACUUGGCAUAUUUAUCGGGUUCGACCAAAACGAUUCGUCUGAUGCACAUCAUGCACAUGUCGAUCCUACCGUUGACCAAAUGACAAGAGUACUUUGUGAUUUAUUAUCAAAGUUAUAUGUAAGCGACGAUUGUCCAAAUGUCGCGGAACUACCGACAAUGCCUGACUUCGAACCGCUGCUAAGGGAAAUGAGAUCUAUGCAUAUUACUGAAGAUUUCUUGGCAAUGCUAUUUAAAAUCGCUGUAAAGUUAAUGAAACGUUCCCGAAAUAUGGACGAUUUCUUAUUCCAGAUUUUUACUUUUAUUUGGCAGUAUUGUAAAGCAAACUUGAAAAAGUGGGGCAUGAGUUUAUGCACGCAAAGCGCUUCCGGUAGUAAGAUUUUGCAGAAGAUUAUCAUUGCAGUUCACGAAGCAAUUGAUAUGGUGCUUGAUAAUUUAUAUUGUGCCUUUGUAAUAUAUAUCGAGUCUAAUGUGCAUAGAUGGAGAACAUGAAUUCUAAUAUGACUAGCAUAAAAAAAACAAAAUUAGAGAAAUGAAUGCGCACAAUAGUUGAGCAGUAAGCACAAUUUUUAUAGAAAUAUAUGUUAUAACAACAUUUAAUAUAUGUUAUACUUAUAAGCAAUAUGCUAAUAGAGUUUAAGCUUUGGAGUAGAGUAAUCAAGUCUUUUGCACAUUAGUUUGUGCUGAGAUACAUAGUCGAACAGAUAUUGAAACUCUGUUUAUUUUUGUAUAAUGUUUUCUAAAUAUAUAAUCAGAAUUAAUUGUAUUGGUUGAUCCAAUCCAAUUUAUAUCAAGAGAUACUAUCUAAUUAAAAUAUAACAAUCUUAGAACAACUUUUGUGUAUAUAUUUUUGAAACAUAUCUUUUAACACAGCGUCUUAAAUAAAAAAUGAAUAGUAUUAUAUGUUUCUAAAGUAUUGUAAUCUACAGGCAUCUAAAACAAAACAUCGAAAUAUGUAAAAAAAAAUCGGUUGAAGGAUAUAAUGCUUAAAAGUAUUAAGUUAUUUAAAUUAUCAAGAAAUCAAUAGUUUACAAGAUAUUUUACAUUUUCAUAUUUCAUCGAAAUAUGGAAUGCUAAGGUGUAAAAUAGCUCGCAAAAUACGAAUUUUUCGAUAACUUUAAGAAAUAAUUAGAGGAAUCAUAUUAUAUAAAAAAAAUUAUUCCAAAAAAGUAAAGGUGAUUUUUAAAUAACCUUGAAAAAUCGAUUUUUUAAGAAAUUAAUUUAAUUCAUUAUUUGUCCCCCUUCAAAUCAUACAAAUUUGUCUGAAACAUUUUUAGCUACCGAUUUAGCUUUUCAUAUAUUCCAAUGUUUUGUUUUAGAUGCCCCAUCAUGUGUAUAUUUAAAUUUUAAGUUGUUAAAAAGAAGAAAAUUUUCGCAAUUUGGAACAAUUUAAAAUUCUUGAAAAUAUACUACACAUCAUAUAGUGCCUUAUAUUUCAAUCUUUUGUAAUGUUAUAUAUGAUUCUCAUCGAAAAUUGUAAAAUAAUAAACAUCUACUUAUGCACA